UAAAAACACAAGGGAGCAAAUCCUCCGGUUUUUCUUUAAAUUUUUAUCCUCAUUAUCAUACGAAAAAAAUACACCCAAUCCUUCAAUUUUUAUGCAGACUUGCUGCAGUUUAUUAAUCAAAGAAACUCAUUAUUGUUGUUGUAUCUUUUUCAUCACUUCCACGCAGCUACAGACACCCUAUAUAUUUUCAUGUGAAUUUCUCAUGUGGAAGGGAAUGCACCUUGCCAUCACUCUCUCAUUUCUGAAAUCCCUCUCACCUAGAGAGUUGGAUCCUAUUGAGCCUCAGUGGCCAUGGCUGGAUGAAGUGGCGAACAGCAAAGGCACCGCUGCGACGCUAACAGGGAAAGAGGCACACCUGACAAGGGCAAACAUCACGUUUUAGUGCUCAAAAGCCACGUGUGAUCUUUUAUUUGCCUUUUCGUUUUGCCAAGUUUAUGCUCCCAAAGCUCACUCAUCCUAUAUUACCGAACAGAAAAGAAAAAGAAAAAGAAAGAGGGUGCACUCGUCUCCCAUGUCAGAGUCUACUUUGGUUAAAGCGAUGCUAAAAACAAAAACGGCCAAGCCAAUCCUGAUCGGUGUAUCCACGCAUGGCAGCCAACUCCACACGCGUUAUAGCGAGAAGGGCUUUCUGAUUGGUGUACGAGUGGGAAAACCCAGAAGUCUUAUCUUAAAACUGACUUUGGGGCUCAGUUAUCCAAAAUGUCUAUGCAUGCAUGGAGCCCACUAGCACCCAAAUCCCACCGUACAAUUUCCAAGUGUCAACCUCCUUGCCUCUUUUGCUUCAUGCUGCCUUUCUCUCAUUCUCUCAUUGGCCAAAACCACACGUAAAUUUGCCCCAAAUCCCACCGUACAAUUUCCAAGUGUCAACCUCCUUGCCUCUUUUGCUUCAUGCUGCCUUUCUCUCAUUGGCCAAAACCACACUUAAAUUUGCCCCAGAACCCAUCAAUCCCUCUCUGCAACCAAUUUCUCCCCUGCCUCUAAACUCUCUGCAUCUCUAACAAUUAGAAAAUCAUUCAGCAUUUUCUUCUAAAACACUCGGGGCUUCUUGGCUCCUCUCGCUAGAGAAGGCAAGGUAACCGUCGGUAAAAAUCAUUCAAGCAUAAAGAGAAAUUACCCACCAUGAUCAAAACUCUGAGUCCCUGCUCUAACACGGCAAAAACAGCUGAAAUUAUGUCAAGGUAUAGGCCUAUAGCUCCAAAGCCUGAGGGUUCAACGGAUGAGAGUCCAUCCAUGCCUCCAUUUUUAAGGACCCUUUGGCCACAAAUGCAUGCUAGGCCUACCAGAACCAGGAAGAGAGGUAGAGCUGCCGUAUCACCACUUACCAUCAAACGACCAAGAACCCAUUUGCUGGGACUCUCUUCUCCUAGUCAUGCAACAUACUCUGCCAAACAUCUCUCCUUGCAGGGUUUUGCUCACGGAAUUACUCAGCUUCCAGUUCCAAACCUGGUUGGGAUCAACUGCGGCAUGGAAAAUUCAGUUACCGUGUCAUCAAAUCUAGUAACACUUCCACUUCUUCAGAGUCCAACAGUUCCUGUUGUUGAAAACCAAGCAGCGGCUCCUGAACUUAGUUGCCAGGAACCAAAUAGAGACAAAGUAAUAGAUUUGAACACCGUGGCUGAAACUUCCGAAGAGAGGGAUCCCCUACAGCAAUUACAGGAGCCUAGCACCAGCAAUGUUAUAGCACCUCAACCCGUUCGACCGGUAUGCUCAAGCAUAAGCGUUGCCAGCAUCAAUGAAGACCCAAGCCUCAUCCCACCAGUGAAAGUUCCAAAGAAGCCAGAGGAAAUUGAGGAAGAGGUUGAGUCCGAGGUCUUGCCAAUAGUGAUAACUGAUUCCAACAACAAAGUGAGGCUAGCAAAUUCUGCUUACAAAGAAAUGGUGGGUCAGCCAGAAUGUUCCUGGCUUGGCUCAAUGAUGACUUCUGAUGGACGAUUUGCAGGCAGCUCAUGCAAGAGGAUAUGUGGGGAGGUGGUAUUUCAUCUCUCUGAUUUGAGAGUGCCAGAAUCUUCAAAUGGGUUUUCAUGCUGGGUGAGGAUAGAAUGGUGCAACAAAGUAAAAAGUAAUGUGAUCAAUACUUUUUGUGAUGUUAUCAGAUUAUCCUGCGAGUCCAAGGAUUACCUCUUUAGGUGGAGGUUCCACAUUCGAACUAGCAAGGAUUCUCUGUCCAAGACCGAUGCUUAACUGUUUUGUUGUAUACAGUGGUUUCCUAGAAAGCGCAGCCAUGGUAGAUGUAUACAUAAGACGUCAAUAGUGAAUGUCUAAAUGCUUAUAAGAUCUUCCCUUCCGUUUGACUCUUCUUGGGACAAGCGGUGGUUAGAAUAUCUCUGUCAAGAUCCCUUCUGCCAAACAAAAGAUAUUUACCACGCAAGCACAAGGAUUGUAUCUCAAACAAAAAGUUGAUUGCUUUCA